GGAAUGCCGUUUGAAAGUGUUUUGAGAAAAGGCAGUUGUGGCGUAAGUUCAGUUAUUCAAGAAUGGUAAUGUGGUUUUGUCGUAAGGCCCAAAAAACUCCUGGGAAAAAGACCCAAUGGCACUUUAUAGUUAUUUGCAAAGUGCACAUGCCAUCUCAUAUUUAUUAGAAAUUAAGUAUGAUUUGGUACAACAUUCGUAUGAAUGAAUUCAGUUCUACGAAUUGGUCUCUUUUGCUUUUGGAACAGCGUGUAGAUUUCUCAAAGUUUGUGGUUAAGAAUGUUAGAACAAAUCCUGAAUGGUCACAUACACAAAGGCCCAGGAUAUUCCUAAUCCAUUAAAAGAUGUUUGGGUUUUAUUUUAUAGUUCCCUCUUAAUCUGAGGGGUAUCUCCAUGCCUAAUGAUUUGUAAGCAUGGGCAAUUUCACCAGUCGUUUCAUGUGGAAUUUGUUGCCUGUAGAAUAAAAUUGCAUUUUCUUUUUUAGGUUUGCCAGAGUGAAUGUUGUUGCUGCUGAUCUUCAUUAUUGUGCCCUUAAAUGGAAGUGUGAUUGAUUUAUGGGGGUACAGGUCUACAGAGUAAAGCACCUUCUUAAGCUGGUCCUUGAUUUAUCUAAUAGAGGGUUGAUUGGACUGACGUUCUUGCUGGAGAAAUGAAAGGUGGUUUCUAAAGUAGUUUUCAAAAAUGAAUUGGUGUUAAACCGCCAGACCUUGAAUGGGUUUGCAGUCUCAUUGGAUGCAAAAUCAGCAUCUAGUUCCACUGUAUUCUUACAUGUCCAUCUUUUGUUGGUGCUGGUUUGGCUAAUCUAUAUAAAAAUUCAAGAGUGUUUAUUUGGGUAGCCAAGUUGACUCUGUUGAUGAGUUCACAGUUGCUGUAAUUUUGAACUUUUUUAUUUUUUAUAUAUAUAGUCUUGUUUUUUUUGCAAUAACACACAGGAGGCAUUUGGUUUAGGUGUGUUGAAUGUGUUCUGGGACUAGCUGAAGACAUGUCAACUUUACAAGGUAAGUAGGGCCCUAUGUAAUCCGAUAAUUUUUUCCUAAAUUUCAUUUCAUAUUUUCUCAAAUGCCUUGUUUUCCUUUUACAUUUUUUCUGGAUUCCAUGUUUUGUUUUGAACUAUCAAAACAGCGUCUAAUCAAAUUAUUUAAUAAAACCUAAAUCAAAAUGAAAAUUGUGCAAAUUUAUUACAAAAUAUUGCAGGUGUUUUUGGCCAAAAUAAAUAUUAAACAAAUAUAAUGUUCAUAGUAUUACUACAAAAUUAAAUGGCAUUUUUCUAUAAUUUGGUAACAAAUUUGUUGUAAUGGCCAUAAUUUCACAUGGCCAAGUGAAACUUACGUGAGCCGAACUUUGAGCAUGACCAAAGAAGGGUUUUGUGCGAAUUAUUCGCAGCGGUGCGCUCUGCUGAAAACGUACACCUUUGCGGUUUAAUGCUUCAUGUGCUAUCAGAAUUAUCCUACUUGCAACUUCUGAAGUGGUAAUUUUGAGUCCGUCAUAAUUAAUAAUAAAAGUGCUUUGUUGUUGGAAAGAACAGGAAACAUGGCUGACACCAGAUUCAUGUGUAUUUCUUGGGGAACUCAUAUUUCGUGUCUAAGUAAAUUUACCCAGUCAGGUUUCUGAUGAUGAUGGAAUUCUGGUCAAAUAAAUGGUACUCUCGAUGUAAACAUGUACAAUAUCCAUCAAAUGGUUGCUGAUAUACGUAAAUGUAAAUUACUGAAACGGUAAGCACUAACAAUCAGCUGUAUUUGGAAAAAUAAAAGCUGUCACUCACUACAGAAACUACUCUUCUCCAUGUUGAAGGUUAACAUCUCCUCCCAAUUUGGAGACUAGGGUAUCAAAAUUAUCACUUGAGUUUCCCAGUCGUAAUUAAGACUUAAGGAAUCAUUCAUGUGCAAGUUCCGAAACUCCUAUUUACGAUCAUUCCAGUAGCACGUGAAGGCAGCAUUACAAUCACACUAAGCCAUAUUUUAAAUUUGAUUCUUUUGUCCCAAAUUUUGUCAAAUUCUGUGAAAUUUUACUCUAAAUAAUAUUUUUGAUGUCCAUGUUUUCUGCAUUGCGGAAUUCAUAGGGCCCUAGAUGAGGUUUUUGUCAACUUCAUUCUGACGGUCCAAUUAAGGCCUAGUUGAUGAUCCAUCUAAUUCCGAUGGCUUCUGAGGUUGUAAAUCUUUUGGUCAGUCUUGGAUGUUGAGGAUUUCAGCAAGGACAGCUUAAGAAGUUUUACUUAAAUUUUCAAAGCUUGCUUGCUUGUAGACCUGUACCAGAAUUUGUGCUGCUGAGGUGCUGGGAGUGGCUCUGGACUAGCCAGCCGAGCUCACUGUCACCGUGCCGUUUGUGUCUGCUCUAAACCCCAAUUGUUCUCUCGGCUUCUCUCCCUUGGUGUGUGUCGUCUGGAAUCUGAUUUGUAGUGGGUGAGGUAACGUACGUGGAACACUUAAUGGACGCAGAAGGCAAAUCAAGGGUAAGUGCAAAGAGACGAACCUCCAUUUGUCCGCUUGAGUUUUUACAUUUACUCUGCUUUUAAUGUGGGAUGUUCAGGACUGGGUGGAGUUCAAAAUGUGUCGUCUUGGGUGGCAUUCAAACAAAAAUGGAUGCCGGCUGUGGUUCUGAGUCCCAGCUACAUAGUAAUUUUGGUUUGAGGAUUCAGUCCCUUAAAGGUAGAAUUUUUGAGCUGCUUUUCUCGAGCCUAGUUAGUGGUGUUCAGUAACUUAACAAGGAAAAUAUGGCGUCAAUGAUUUGUUGGAGUGAUUAUUAGAGAUUCACAUGUACUACUGGGAUAAUGGCAAUAGAACAUUAGAAUUCAAUUGUGUAAUUGAAACUGCAGGCCGUUUUGUGCAUUCUGGUCAUCAGUUAAUCUUGUUCAGCCAUUUGAGUAUGAGUCCACAAACUUUAAUUUAAGAGAUGUAAUUGUAUUGUUGUAAGAGAACACCACAAAGAGUUGUACUGUUUUAAUGUAUAUCAAGAUCUAUAAGUGUUUAUAUAUGUGGUAUUUUAAAUAUUUCCAAAGCUGUUCCGCAGUAUUGUAAAUAUUUCCUGAGCUGUUCCACAAUGUCUUGUUGAUUUUUGUUUAAUUGUCACUUUUGUUCUUGUUUUGUACUUUCCUUCUGGCUGGUAUGCUGAAUGAACAAAGGGUUGUGCGGUGGUUGAAUUCAGAACUGAAGAGCUAAUGAAAAAAGCUGUGGAAAAGGUCAACAAGCACAAUAUGAAUGGACGUCCUCUGAAGGUUAAGGAGGAUCCAGAUGGUGUAAUUGCCCAGCGUGAAGCUCAUCGGGCCCAGGGAGGAGGUGGUGGUGGUCCCCCAGGCAUGGGUGGUGGAAUGGGUGGAGGCAUAGGUAUGGGCCCAGGUCCUGGUGGUCCUCCAAUGGUUAACAUCCCUCAAAGUCUCAUGAACAACCCCAACAUCCCAAAUGAAAUCAUCCACGGGCUCCAGGCUGGAAAAAUCGGAAGCACUGUUUUUGUGGCAAAUCUGGACUACAAAGUUGGAUGGAAGAAGCUGAAGGAGGUGUUUGGAAUGGCUGGAGUGGUGGUACGUGCUGAUAUUCUAGAGGAUAAGGAUGGGAAGAGCAGAGGCAUGGGAACAGUCACAUUUGAGAUGCCCAUUGAAGCUGUUCAAGCAGUCUCCAUGUUGAACGGACAGCUCCUCUUCAACAGGGUCAUGCAUGUCAAACUGGAUGAGAAAUCUUUACCCAAAGGUGACUUUGCACCCCCAGAGCGCCCACCAGCACUUCCUCGUGGUCUGAGCGGCAUCGGUCUUGGUCUGGGACCCGGUGGGCAGCCCAUCGAUGCCACCCAACUCAACCGAGGUGGAAUGGGCAACAUGGGACCUGGAGGAAUGGAUGGAAUGGGCUUUGGUGGCAUGGGUAGAAUAGGAGGGAUGGAUAACUUUGGAGGCGGAAUGAACAACAUGGAUCGCUUCGGACCCUCUGGAAUGGGACGAAUGAAUGAUAUGGAUCGUGGUAUCGGUGGUGCUUUUGAUAGAGAAUUCAGUGGCCGUAAUGACAUGGGAAUGUCCCGUAACAACUUUGGAGACUCUUUUGACCGAGGAAUGGGAAAUUCCAUGGGAAUGGAUCGCAUGAAUUCUGGCAUGGACCGGCUCAGCGGUGGCAUGGACCGCAUGGCAGGUUUAGACCGAUUGGGAAUGGAUCGCAUGGACCGUGUGUCUGAUCUGGACCGUCUGGGUUCUGGUUUCGACCGGAUGGGCGCAGGCCUUGACCGACUGGGCCCCAGUAUGGAUCGCCUGGGAUCAGGCCUUGAUCGUAUGGGUUCCAGUGUGGACCGCCUCGGGCCUGCUGGGUUUGAUCGCCUGGGUCCGUCCAGCUUGGACCGCCUGAGUGGGGGAAUGGACUUUGCCUCGCCUAUGGGCAUGGAUAGGAUGAAUGCAGGCCUGGACCGAAUGGGUACCAACUUUGACCGCAUGGGCUCUGCAAGCAUGGACCGCUUCCCUACCUCAGGCCUUGACCGCAUGGGUUCCAGCCUAGAUCGCAUGGGAUCUGGCGGCGUGGGUGGCCAGUUUGACAGACCUGCGGACAUGGAUCGCGGAAACUUCGGCACUCCUUUCGGUGGUUCCGGACAAGGAGGGCCAGUGAGCGCUGGAGCCAAUGCCAGGAAGGGUUGCCAGAUCUUUGUCAGAAAUCUACCCUUUGACUUUACCUGGAAGAUGUUGAAGGACACCUUCAAUGCAUGUGGGAUUGUGCAGUAUGCAGACAUAAAGAUGGAUAACGGAAAAUCCAAGGGAUGUGGUGUGGUGCGCUUUGAUAACCCAGAAACCGCUGAGAGAGCUUGCCGUACCAUGAAUGGAUACCGGCUCAACGGGCGAGAGAUCGAUGUCAGGCUUGACAGAAAUGCAUAAUCAUCUUUUGCCUUCCAGAUGUCAUUCCCUUUAUCACCCUCACUAUACUGUUCAGUUUAUUUAUCAGUUACGUAUUUGUAUAGGUGCAGGAUUGUGCACUUUUUAGUUUUUGCUUAUGACUUUUAGAGACCAAAUUAAUUUGUCCCAAAUCCCUCCCACUUUUUACUGUAAUGCUUUUCAACAGAUUGCCUUUGUUAAAGGUUUGUUAAUAAAUCUCAACGAGAACCCA